UUAUUACCUUUAUGUUGCCAUUCGCUAACAGUAAGUAACUAAAAGUAAAAGCAAAAAUACAUAAUUUUUCGUUUUAUACAAAGUUAUUUCUUACUGUUUUGAAUAAAAUGCACGGUUCCUCAAUUUGCUAAACUUUUUGGUACCGAAAUUCUAUUGCACAGCCAAAAUGGGACAAACACUUUCUGAGCCAGAGACUGCGAAAGACACUGCAUGUUGUCAAAAUUCUGAGUAUCGGGUAGGUUCGAGUUGCAUGCAGGGAUGGAGAAUAAAUAUGGAAGAUUCACAUACCCAUAUUCUCUCUUUACCUGAUGACCCAGGCACAGCAUUCUUUGCUGUGUACGAUGGUCAUGGGGGAGCAAAGAUUGCUGAAUAUGCUGGUAAAAAUCUGCAUAAGCUCAUUACAAAGAGGUGUGAAUACAAAGAUGGUGAUGUGGUAAAGGCAAUGGAAAUGGCAUUUUUGGAAAUCGAUGAUAUUAUGUUGAUCGAAGAGUCUCUGAAAAAUGAACAGGCUGGAAGCACAGCAGUUACCAUGAUUAUUAAGGAUAAUACUGUGUUCUGUGCAAAUGUCGGAGAUUCCAGAGCAAUUGCCAGUGUUAAUGGAAAAGUGCAACCACUUUCAUUUGACCACAAGCCAACAAAUGAAAAAGAAUAUAACCGAAUUACUGCUGCUGGUGGAUGGGUAGAAUAUAAUAGGGUUAAUGGAAAUCUUGCAUUAUCAAGGGCAUUAGGAGAUUUUACCUUUAAGAGGAAUGAAAAGAAAAAACCAGAAGAUCAAAUAGUAACAGCUUUUCCUGACGUCGAAGUCCAUAAAAUUAAUGAAAAUUGGGAAUUCAUUGUGUUAGCUUGCGAUGGUAUUUGGGAUGUAAUGAAGAACGAAGAGGUUGUUGCUUUUGUACGGGAAAACUUGGCCGCUGGGGUCGAGCCAGAAGAUAUAUGCGAAAAUCUGAUGAUGAAAUGUUUGGCUCCAGAUUGCCAGAUGGCUGGACUGGGAUGCGAUAACAUGACUGUUGUCAUUGUUGGCCUUAUGCACGGCAAAACCUUCGAAGAGUUAUCUGCUAGAUGUGCUGUACCAGCAGAAGUUGAAGAGAAUGAAGACACAAAUUGCAUAGACCAAGUAAAUGAAUCAGAGGAGAACACGAGCGAGGAUGAAGAUCUACAGAAUAAAUAGCAGAAAGAUAUUUUAGAGUCAUUGAUUGAUUUAUUUUUAUGUAUAUAAUAUAUAUUUAUGUACAUAUAAUUUCGUAAUUGUUUCAACAACACUUUUCAUAUGUGCAUCCAAUUUUAAACAUUGAGGUAAAAAAAAAAGAAAAAAAAACAAAAAAAUAUAGGAAAUGGAAUAUACAAGUAAUGUAGAAAAUAAAACAAAAUUGUAAAUAAAUCUGUUUAGAAUGUGUAGAAGUAUUUUAUUUUGUAAGUAAUUAAGAGAAAGGUUAAUGUUUCGGCUAAUGUUUGGAAUCAAUAAAUUAUUUUAAAAAGA